AUGGCCAGGUUGGAUUCCAGGUGUCUAACGAUUAUCGCCUUAGCGAUCGCGUCGGCCGUGAAAUCGUCCAGCAAUGGGACGUUGGGUCACCGGGGUCAUCAAAAAAUCGGCAACGAACGAUCGGGCAGGGAGACGACGCUCGAGGGGAUGGCCGGCCCGAGGGCUUCGUAUCCCGAACCGCGUGAGGAGGACCUGAUCGAGGCUGCCGAUUUUGGCAUACGGGCCAUGAACGAGCUCUACGAUCUCAAGGAACCGAGGCUCUACAAGAUGGGUCUCUACCUGAGACCGGACAACCCGGCGCGCUUCGUCGCCGCGUUUAACGAUCAGAGCGAGGAAGCCAGGCAACUGGCGAGGUUCGGCUACGCGGCCCUCGAAGCCUCCACCAAGUUUCGCAGCAAAUUUCCCGACCUGCUGCGCCAGGCGAGUUUCGAUCGCGCCGCCAACAGGAGCCCCCUUCGGCAGCAGUGCCCGAAAAAGGGCAUCCCACAGUGCCCCCCGGCGAGCCUGAGGUACCGAACCACCGACGGCAGCUGCAACAACCUCAAGGAGCUCUGGUGGGGAUCGGCAAUGUCCCCGAUGCAGAGAUUUCUGCCGGGCGUGUACGACGAUGGAAUACAGAGCGUGCGAAGAUCGGUAACGGGGGCCGAGCUGCCGAGCGCCCGGCAAAUAAGCGACCGCGUGCACGAGGAGCGCGACGUGCCCCUCACCUCCGUCACCCACAUGCUCAUGCAGUGGGGCCAGUUUAUCGAUCACGACGUCACGGCCACCGGCCAGAGCACGGCUUUCAACGGCUCGAUACCCCAGUGCUGCCUCAACGGUGGCGUGGGCGUACAACCACCCGAAUUUCUGCACCCCGAGUGUUUGCCGAUCUCGGUGGAGCCGCGAGACAGUAGGCUCGGCAAGCUGGGCGUGCGGUGCAUGGAGUUUGUGCGCAGCGGAGCGGUGCCGCGGGAGGACUGCGAGUUUGGCACCCGCGAGCAACUGUCCCAGGUGACGAGCUACAUCGACGCCUCCACGGUAUACAGCAGCAGCGCCCGACAGGGCGACACUCUGCGCGUCUUUCGAGGAGGUCUCAUGCAGUACGGGAAGUUGCAACCCCAGCGGCCGUUCCUGCCCAAGGAGGAGGAGGAGUCGGAUCUCUGCAGGCGGGGCUCCCUGUCGACCAACUGCUUCCGAGCCGGGGACAUACGGCUGAGCGAGCAACCGGCCCUCAUAUCGCUCCACGUGGUCUUUCUCAGGCUCCACAACAGCCUCGCCGCGCGCAUGGCCGGCCUCAACCAGCACUGGGGCGACGAGAAGGUGUUCCAGGAGACGCGCCGCAUCGUCGGAGCCAUCGUCCAGCACGUCACCUACCGCGAGUUCCUCCCGAUAGUUCUCGGCCACGACGUGAUGAAGCUCUUUGACAUCGAGCUCCGGCCCAGGGGCUACUACGACGGGUACGACGAGACCGUCAGCCCGAACGUGGCCAACGAGUUCUCGGCCGCGGCCUUUCGCUUCGGCCACUCCCUCGUCCAGCCCAGCUUCGUGCGCUUCGACGCCAACCACCGGCCCAUCCCCAACAACGUGUCGAUACACGAGGAGUUUAGGAACCCGGGGAACCUGGAGAGCCCGGGCUCGGUGGACCGGUUGCUGCUCGGGCUGGUGAACCAGCCGGCCCAGAGGAGGGACGAGUUCAUAUCGGAGGAGCUGACUGGCCACCUGUUCCAGACGCCGGGUUUCCCGUUCGGCAUGGACUUGGCCUCGAUCAACGUCCAGCGGGGCAGGGACCACGGUAUCCCGGCGUUCGCCGACUACCGGCUUCCCUGUGGGCUGAGUCCGGUGCGCGACUGGACCGAUCUCGAGCGUGUACUCACCCCCCGAUCGGCGGGCAAGCUCCGCGACCUGUACGCGGCAGUGGAGGAUGUCGACCUGUUCACCGCCGGUCUGGCCGAAAAACCGGUCGCGGGUGGACUGGUCGGGCCGACCUUCGCCUGCAUCAUAGCCCAACAGUUCCGCAACCUGCGCAAGGGCGAUAGGUUCUGGUACGAGAACCCCUUCCUCGAGAACGGCUUCACGCCCGCCCAACUGCAACAGAUACGCAAAGUCACCCUGGCCCAAGUCUUGUGCUCGACCAUGCACAACAUCGACGACAUCCAGGUGUUUGUGAUGCUGGCCGCGGAUAACUUUAGGAACCAGAGGCUAUCCUGCACCGACCCGGCGAUGGGCCGGAUCGACCUGACUCCGUGGACGGAAAAACCGAGACGCCGUAGAUCGGCCGAGGAGGAGGAGGAGGUGGAGGCGAGAGGUGCAAAGAAGAAGCAGUCGCCGAUGAAAACGAGGAUCAGCCAGCACAACAGGAUCGCGGUGAGGCGGCCUCUCGGGCCCCGCGAGAACAUAACGAUCGUGGUGAACAACAACGCGGUUAACGCCCCGGUUAUCGUCACCGACUCCGUCUACGGCUCGAGCGUCCACGUCAACCGGUUUCCCGCGGGACCCUACUUCCCCCACAACUUCCAGGACCCCGACAAUCCGAACCCACCGAGCUACGGAUUGAGUCCCAAGCCGCUGAACGACCAUGUCCCCAACAACGAGUUCUUCGCGCAGCUGGACCCCCACCAGCGCUACUCGUACUUGUCGACCCCAACUCCGCGGAGCCCUUUGGCCACGAGAACUCCGAGACCGGUGACUAGGGUGACCACGAGGCGUUCACCGCAUACCGAUCGCGACGAAGACCAGACCAGGGGCACGGGCUUGUACGGGCAUCCGACGAAAAAGGGCACCUCGAAUCGAAGGUACUCCGAUACGGGUGCUCACAAAAAGCCGACCAGCAGCGAGAGACCCGGUCAAGGUGCCUCGACUCAUUACUUGGUUAGCGUCGUCGUGGGAGGCGGAAGUACGAGUGGUUACCCGGUGAGGAAGUCCAGCCCCAAACCUAGCAGUCCCAACAAUGGCCACGUGGCUGGUAGUACAUCGGGUUACUCGACGAUCGGUAGACCAUCAGCGACCACCAAGCCGGUGACCAGUCAGACGCAAAAUUACAAUUUUCACGCGGGCGCCGUCCCGGAGGUCAAUGGAAACGGGGACCAAGAGGGGGGUGAUUUGUUGCGAAAACCCGUUUAUUUGCACACCCACACGACCAUAUCCGACGUCAAGUACGUCGAGUCGGGGCUGCCGCAGAGGCAUCAGGUGACGUUUGACCCGGAACUGCCAAGGCCGAUAUUCUUUUUGCAAAACAGAGCUGCCUCGGGUGGAACUUUGGUGGUCGACAAAGAGACCGAGUUGACGACCGAUCGGGUAAACGAGUAUUUGGCGCAAACCACCUCGAGCAGUGACGUUGUUGAAGAAAACACAGCAGGCUUGGGUCACUCCGAGCUGCUCCAAGCUAAACCCCGAACAAAUCUAUUGUUCUAA